ACACACACAACACACCUUAGUUCUGCUCCUGUCACCCGUCUUUGCAUGUUGCGCUCUUUCGGAUUUAUUCUGCUCUACAAACGGACAUCAUGCAGCUGAAGUCAGAAGCUUUUUAAGACUUUCUUCACAGGUUUUGAUCCAAACAUAUCUGACAUGUGGGAGUUCCCGAGGACUCGUUACGCAGACUAUAACGGCUCAGAGGCGAGUGAUGAGACGGAGAUUGCCGUGAAUAUCGGUGGUGUCAAGCACAUUCUCUACGGGGACGUGCUGAACCGAUAUCCCGAGACGCGUCUGGCGGAACUGGUGAACCGAGCCACGUAUUCCACACAAGCAAAUCUCUGCGCGCUCUGUGAUGACUAUGACGACUCAAAGCAAGAGUUUUACUUCGACAGAGACCCAGAGGCCUUCAAAUGCAUCCUAGAGCUGUAUUACUACGGAGAGAUUCAUAUGAAGCGAGGAAGCUGUCCCAUGUGCUUCAUGAGAGAGAUGGACUAUUGGGGGAUCGACGCGGAGUAUCUGGACGAAUGCUGUAUAAAUAGUUUAAAUGAGGUGCAAACCGAGCUGGCGGAAAUAGCAGAGAAGGUCAAGGCCAUCCUGGACGACCUGGAGGAUGAUGCAUCGGUCACUAGAGGUCAGAGGUGCCAAGCGUUCCUGUGGAAGCUCAUGGAGAAACCCGAGUCAUCUUUAGCCGCGCGCGUAAUCGCAGUAGUGUCGUUCGCGUUCAUCCUGCUCUCCUCUGUAGUCAUGUGCGUGGGCACCAUCCCGGAGCUCCAAGUGGAAGAUGCCGAGGGUAACCUCGUGGAACACCCGACCCUUGAGUCCAUCGAGACAGCUUGUAUCAUCUGGUUCACAGUGGAAUACGUUUUGCGUUUCAUGUCCUCUUCGAACCAGUUGCGCUUUGUGUUUUCCUUCAUGAAUAUAAUAGACUUUCUAGCCAUCAUGCCUUUUUACGUAUUGCUGAUUCUAACGCAUUUGGGCACUGCCGUGAUGGAGCUCGCUAACGUCCAGCAGGCAGUGCAAGCGUUGCGCAUCAUGCGCAUUGCACGCAUCUUCAAACUCGCGCGCCACUCGUCAGGUCUGCAAACUCUUACAUUCGCGCUCAAAAUCAGCUUGAAAGAGCUAGGUCUGCUGUUCAUGUACAUGAGCGUGGGGAUUUUCCUGUUCUCCGCCCUGGGGUACACAUUGGAGCAGAGCCACCCUGAGACCAUGUUCACCAGUAUCCCACAGUCCUUCUGGUGGGCUGUCAUUACAAUGACCACUGUGGGUUAUGGGGAUAUCUAUCCUAAAACAACGCUGGGCAGGUGCAACGCCGCUGUCAGUUUUCUGUGUGGCGUAAUAGCUAUCGCGUUGCCAAUCCACCCGAUUAUUAACAACUUCGUCAUUGUUUACAGUAAGCAGCGUGUGCUUGAAACCGCUGCCAAGCAUGAGAUCGAACUCAUGGCGUUACGCGCGGAGGAAGAGCAGGAGUGUCUGAAGGCUGAAAGAACGGCUUCGGCUGGCACCAGGUCCGUUUGGGAGAGCACUGCUCAGAGCGCGUCACAGAGUGACAAAUAUAUCCCGGUACUUGGUGAUACAGCAAAUGUGUCCAAAGGCCAACCUGUCCAUAACUGCAAGAACAACUAUAACUAGAGAGUGAUUUGCACUUGUCCUUUGUCAAUACUUCAGAACAGCGGUCUCCAACCCUGCUCCUGGAGAGCUACCGUCCUACAGAUUUCAGCUCCAACCCCAAUCAAACACACCUGAACUAGCUAAUCAAGGUGUUCA